CCACCGCGCGCUUUUGUGGUGUGUGGGAAAGGUCCGUCUGGGAUUCCCCGUGGGUGGGGGUGGUGGCGGCGCCCUGGAUUGAGGGGCUUUGGCCCUGCCGGCCUCGGUGGGGCGUUCAACUUCUCGAACCGUGAAGGGCCAAAGCGUUCCAGGUUGAGUUAUUACAGGAAACUGCGGUCUGCGGCAAAUGAUUUCCCACCGGCUUGCGGCCCUGGAUGUGUUCAAGGGCUCGGCCUUCACCCCACGAUCAAGCGGCAUAUUUUCGCUAAGGGUUUCUUGUUAUGGGGUUUUCUCUUUUUGAACAGCUAG